UCCUCGUUGUGAUCCAAGGAGUCACAGAGUCCCCAAGGCUAAUGGGACAGUGCCAACUUGAAAACACACCGCUCUGUGUGGGGGACAAGUGGCACGGGGCCUGAGGAUCAGUGCCAUGGCAGAACUGACGGCUGGGACCACCACGGGCUAUAAAAGGCCAUGCCAGAGCCCCCGCACAAGUGUUCGGCCAUGCUGCCUGGGCUGCUGCUGCUGCUGCUGCUGCUGCUAGCUGGCAGCCACUGGCUAUGGCGCCAGAGGAAGCUGAGGAGCCUCCAUCUCCCGCCUCUCGCCCCAGGAUUCCUGCACUUCCUACAGCCUGACCUGCCCGUCUAUCUGUUAGGCCUCACUCAGAAACUCGGCCCUGUCUACAGGAUCCGCUUGGGGCUGCAAGAUGUGGUGGUGCUGAACUCUACCAGAACCAUAGAGGAGGCCCUGAUCCAAAGGGGGGUGGACUUUGCCGGCCGACCCUGGGUAAUACACGAAAAGCAGGACUUGGACCUGUCCCUGGGGGACUACUCUCUGACGUGGAAGGCUCACAAGAAACUUUCCCGCUCAGCCCUGAUGCUGGGCAUGAGGGACUCCAUGGAGCCCCUGGUAGAGCAGCUGACCCAGGACUUCUGCGAGCACAUGAGGGCCCAGGCUGGCACCCCCGUGGACAUCCACAAGGACUUCUCUUUGCUCACAUGCAGGAUCAUCUGCUGCCUCACUUUCGGAGACAAGGACAACGCGUUUGCACACACCAUGCACAGCUGCGUCCAGAAUUUGAUGCAAGCCUGGAACCACUGGUCCAUCCAAAUCUUGAACUUAAUUCCCUCUCUAAGGGUCCUCCCCAAUCCAGGCCUCUGGAAGCUGAAGCGGCUCCAAGAGAGCGGCGACCAGGUCGUGAAGGAGCAGCUGGAGCAGCACAAGGCCAGCCUGGUUCCAGGCCACUGGAAGGACAUGAUUGACUACAUGCUUCAAGGGGUUGAGAAGCAGAGCAACACGGGACAGCUGCACGACGGGCACGUGCACAUGGCGGUGGUGGACUUUCUCAUCGGUGGCACCGAGACCACGGCGACCACGCUGUCCUGGGCCGUGGCUUUCCUGCUCCAUCACCCUGAGAUCCAGAAGCGACUGCAGGAAGAAUUAGACCUCAAUUUGGGCCCCGGCUCCCAGCUCCUGUACAAGAACCGAACGCAGCUGCCUUUACUCAUGGCCACCAUUUCUGAGGUGCUGCGCCUCCGGCCGGUGGUGCCCUUGGCCUUGCCGCAUCGUGCCAUUCGGGCUAGCAGCAUCUCUGGCUACGACAUCCCCAAGGACACGAUUGUCAUCCCCAACAUCCGAGGCGCCAACCUGGAUGAGAUGGUCUGGGACCUGCCCGGCGAGUUCUGGCCUGAUCGUUUCCUGGAACCUGGCAAGAGCCCCAGGACACUAUCCUUUGGCUGUGGGACACGCCUGUGCCUGGGAGAGUCUCUGGCGCGGCUGGAGCUCUACGUGGUGUUGGCUCGCCUGCUCCAGGCCUUCACGCUGCUGCCGCCACCAGGUGGCGCACUGCCCUCCCUGGAGCCCCAUCCUUCCUCCUGCGUCAAUCUCUUGGUUCACCCCUUCCAGGUGCUGCUGCAGCCCAGGAACCUGGCACUGGAAGGCCAGGACCAGAAACCCUUGACAGGAUAG